GAGGAGCGAGGCGGCCCCUACCGCUGCUUUGACACCACCAGGUAGGAAGCAGGUACGGAUACAGCCCGUCGUGCUUCGUCUCCUGCGAACAGCGCAGGCGCCCUCUUCCCCUUUUUCAGAAAACUGGCGGCGCUGUUCCUGGAACCGAGGAAGAAGAAGGCGCAGGGAUAGCGCACACAUAGAGGUGGCGCCUUUAGGCAGGAAGGACGUGCCUCAACUGGGCGAGAAAAAAGGGAGUCCAGUCUGAGCCCCCGCAGCUCAGGGGAGCGGGGGGGGGGGCUGGCGUCCUCCUCCUCACGCGGGCCUGUGAAGCACGGAGGGAUGAGAAGCAGCCACAUUUUCUCUCCCUGAAUCAGCACAGCGGUAACAGCUACAGGUUAUGGUCUCCCUGUUUUGCACAGAGCCGGCUGCAGCAGGAAGCAAGGCGGAGCAGAGACGGGCCGUCUAGAGAAGAGGACACCGCCCAACCGCUCUGGUUUUGCGAGUCCCCGGGCGGCGGCUGACGGCGCUGCAAGCGGGGGGGGGGGGGGGGCUGCUUGAAGACUUGCACUGUCCUUGGGGCUCGGUGUAGGGGUGCACAGAGCCGAGCCCCCAUAAGGCAAUUCAGCCAGGAUGCUGCGAUUCCUACGCAGGACCUUUGGCCGGCGGUCGAUGCAGCGCUACGGGAGAGGAGGCAUUGCCAGGGACGCAGAUGAGCGCGAUGGGGCAUUAACAGCCGUGGCAGCUUCACCCCUACCUCCAGGAGUAGCUGCCACGCACAGCGCCCCGGUGGUGCAUCACAUCCGGGCAAUUGCUGCGGGCGGCAAAGAGGCGCUGCAAUGCCAGGUGCAUCUGCUCGACGGCACCGAAGUCAGCGUGGAGCUGCCGAAACAUGCAAAAGGACAGGAUUUGUUUGACCAGCUUGUAUAUCAUUUGGACCUUGUGGAAACAGAUUACUUUGGCCUCCAGUUCAUGGAUAUGUCCCAGAUUAUGCAUUGGUUGGACCAUUCGAAACCCAUUAGGAAGCAACUAAAAACUGGGUCACCAUAUUCCUUGCAUUUUCGAGUCAAAUACUAUUCAUCAGAACCAAAUAAUCUCCAUGAAGAAUUCACAAGGUAUCUGUUUGUGUUACAACUAAGACAAGAUGUUUUGGCGGGAAAACUAAAAUGCCCUUAUGAAACAGCUGUGGAUCUUGCAGCUUUGUGCCUCCAAGCCGAGCUUGGUGAGUGUGAACUCCCUGAACACACUCUGGAACUUGUGUCCGAAUUUAGAUUUAUUCCUAAUCAAACUGAAGCAAUGGAAUAUGAAAUUUUUCAGAAGUGGAAAGAAUUCAGGGGAAAGAGCCCUGCACAAGCUGAAAUGUGCUACUUGAACAAAGCCAAGUGGUUAGAAAUGUAUGGGGUCGAUAUGCAUAUAGUUAAGGGAAGAGAUGGUUGUGAAUAUGCUCUUGGAUUGACACCAACAGGUAUCUUGAUUUUUGAAGGAGCAAAUAAAAUAGGUUUAUUUUUUUGGCCUAAAAUCACUAAAAUGGACUUUAAAAAGAGCAAACUGACACUUGUGGUGGUGGAAGAUGAUGAACAGGGUAGAGAGCAGGAGCACACAUUUGUUUUCAGAUUAGACAAUGCUAAAACAUGCAAGCACCUCUGGAAAUGUGCAGUGGAGCAUCAUGCCUUCUUCCGGUUGCGCACACCAGCAAACAGUAAACCUAGUCGAUCAGAUUUUAUCAAACUGGGGUCCCGCUUCAGAUUCAGUGGUCGAACGGAGUACCAAGCAACACACGGCAGCAGAUUGCGCAGAACCAGCACAUUUGAAAGGCGACCCAGCAGGCGGUAUCCAUCCCGAAGGCAUUCGACUUUCAAAGCACACAAUCCACUGAAAGCAUCCCAGCUUUGUGCUAAAAAUAAUCCAGACGUCCAUAACUAUCAGGCCCCAUUUCACCCAAAUCUGCAUCCUGGUCAGUCACAUUGGCACCCCCAUCCUACUGUGAAUGUAAGCUACUCUUUGAACAACGGUGAACAGCAGCCAUUUAAUGUUGAAUCAAAUGGGGGAACACCAUUUACUACAAAAAUAUCUGGAAGACAUCACCACCACCAAAAUCAUCACCACUCCAAUUGCAGUGCACCCACUCCUCCUGACAGCAGUGAUACUUGUGCUGGCAUUGCAAGCACAAACAGGCAUCCAGGAGUUCCUCACCAUUAUGAUGAUGCUUCUGUCCAGCUAAAGAAAAUAGCAAUGGAGACUACAAGAGUAGCAGGACAAUGGCCAACUACACAUAUCAAUAUGAAUAAGGUUGGAAAGGAGGAAACUUGUUUGAUAAAUCCGAUUAAGACUUCCAGCCUGCCGGACCCUAAUGUAAGAAGUCCAGCACCUUCAAAGGGAGGAACAACACAAACAAGUGGUGCAUCCAACAAGCAGGAACUUAAAGUAUCGCGAGUGAGGAAACUUACAAGGCAAUACAGCUUUGAUGAAGAUGACCUUCCCCCAGCUUUGGCAGCAGCUGUAGCAGCGUCUCCACCACCCUCAUCGGUAUCUCCUGUGUCACAGAAAACAACUUGGGAAGGACAGCUUUCAUCAUGUGCAAAGAGCCCCACAGAUACUGGAAGUAUAUUUGCCUUGGAGCCAGGGGAUCUGCUGAUGGAUUUCACGGAAGCUACGCCUAUGAUAAAGACAUUCCCUGCUGAUACAUCUAAUCCUUUUUUCGAUCCCUUUCCUGCACUACCACAGUUUUCUGCAGAGUUUAUGGACAGUUCACUACGAUGCUGUGUUGUGCAGUCAUCUCCAAAGAUCUUAUCAGCAAUUACUUCAGCACCUGUGGCAAGGUCUGUGGUGGAGACCAUUCCUACUGCAGCUGUUCAGACCAUCUAUUCAUCACACAGACCUAUUUCUCUGGCAGACAGUGCUGAGACUCUGAGGUGUGAACUCGAAAGAGAAAAGAUUAUGAAAAGAUUGCUGAUGACCGAAUUAUGAAAAUUCUCAUUUCUGUUUCGUGUAUCAGGGCAUUUUCUGUGCCUUCUGCUUACAUUCCUCUGCUUCUGUGUAGACAGCACUCUGCCUCGUGUGUGUGUGUGAGGCAGCAUUCCUCCUGGAUUCAUCACAGCUGGAAAAAAUUGAUUCUGAUAUAAACUUGGAGCACUUCUUUGUAUGUUUGAUACUAAGAUCCAUAAACUAGUUAAAUGAUCCCACAACUGGUUUAUACUUGGUUUUUUCCUCAACCACCUCCUCCACCACCAUCGCCACCACAUGCUGCAUGGCAAACUGCUUUUGAAACUGAGAAUACUAGUUUCAAACUAAUCAGCUCUUUGGAUGCCAGUCUUCGAUCUGCCCUUUAUUUAUCUGAGAUCUUAGGAAUUUACAACAGUGAAGCUGAGGCUUAGUUUUUGGUAAGUCUAGGUCAAAAAGGAACACUUAUUGAUUUCUACUCAGAAACACUGUUCAAUAUAUAUGUUUAUAACUGCAUAGAGAUAAAUGUUAUGCAAAGUAUUUUGAUAGCCACAUAUACAAGAACUCAUUUUUGUAGAACUGAAAACUGUACUGAGGUACUUCUGUUGUUGUUGUUUUUUAAACAAAACAAAACUGCUGUUUGUUAAGGAUUUUAAAUGGAAAUAACAUUAUUACCAGCCUGGGUCUGUUCCCAAGCUUCUUGGAAAGUUUGCCCUCCUAAUUUUAGAGUAAUUUCAAAGCUCAUUAUCACUUACCAUUUAUAAUGAAGAUAAAUGUUUGUCUAUUCAA